CGGGUCGGCGGCGAGCGGGGCGGGGCGGAGCCUCCUCCUGCACUGGGGAGCCCCCGGGCUCGUCCCCACUCAGGCACUCCUACCCUUGGGGCAGCUGCCUGGCGAGUCCGCGGAGAAGCAGCCAGCGGGCGAUGGAGACAGAGAGACACCCGACGAGAGGAGGCGGGGUGGGGGAGGCGGGGAGAGUGCGGGGGCGGAGGCUGGCAGGGGGCGCUGGAAGCUGGAGCGGUCCGUGCGCUCCCCGCGCCCGAGGGUGCCGGAGGCUCUGAAGCGGCCGCUGCACCGCGGGUCCCAGGCGGCGGCUGGGGGGCGGGGGGGCGCUGCCGCCGCCGGGGGCGUCGCCGGCCUCAGCCCCUUUGUUCUCGCGCGCUCCCCCUCGCCGCCCACUCCCCUGCUGUCGCGCGGCGGCGGCGGUGGCGGCUGCGGCUCCUCCCGCCCGAGGCAGUCGGGCUCGGCGCCGGGGGCGGGAGGGGGCGGGGGGAGCGCGCCAGCCGCGGAGAGUGGGGGGCGAUGGCGAAGCUCCGGGUGGCUUACGAGUACACGGAAGCCGAGGACAAGAGCAUCCGGCUCGGCUUGUUUCUCAUCAUCUCCGGCGUCGUGUCGCUCUUCAUCUUCGGCUUCUGCUGGCUCAGUCCCGCGCUGCAGAAUCUGCAAGCCACGGCGGCCAACUGCACGGUGCUGUCGGUGCAGCAGAUCGGCGAGGUGUUCGAGUGCACCUUCACCUGUGGCGCCGACUGCAGGGGCACCUCGCAGUACCCCUGCGUCCAGGUCUACGUGAACAACUCCGAGUCCAACUCCAGGGCGCUGCUGCACAGCGACGAGCACCAGCUCCUGACCAACCCCAAGUGCUCCUAUAUCCCUCCCUGUAAGAGAGAGAAUCAGAAGAAUUUGGAAAGUGUCAUGAAUUGGCAACAGUACUGGAAAGAUGAGAUUGGUUCCCAGCCAUUUAUUUGCUAUUUUAAUCAACAUCAAAGACCAGACGACGUGCUUCUGCAUCGCACUCAUGAUGAGAUUGUCCUCCUGCAUUGCUUCCUCUGGCCCCUGGUGACAUUUGUCGUGGGCGUUCUCAUUGUGGUCCUGACUAUCUGUGCCAAGAGCUUGGCGGUCAAGGCGGAAGCCAUGAAGAAGCGCAAGUUCUCUUAAAGGGGGAGGAGGCUUAUGGAAAGCAAAGCACAGAAGCUGCACUCCUUGGCACACGUCCACCUGUGGAACCGGUGUUUCCUGGCGCAGGAGAUGGACAGGGCCACGACGGGGCUCUGAGAGGCUCAUCCCUCAGUGGCAGCAGAAACAGGCACAACUAGAAGACUGGAACCUCAAAGCUCGUAUUUCGUCCGCUGUAGCAAUGGCUAAAGGGUCAAGCUCUUAGCUGUGUGGAGUAACUAUUUCAGAAAACCCUAUAAGAAGUUCAUUUCUUUCAAAAGUAACAGUAUAUUAUUUGUACAGUGUAGUAUAUAAACCAUUAUGAUUUAUGCUACUUAAAAAUAUUAAAAUAGAGUGGUCUGUGUUAUUUUCUAUUUCCUUUUUUAUGCUUAGAACGCCAGGGUUAAAAAAAAAAAAAGUUGAAGACAUCUGGGUUUCAUUUACUUCUGCUAGGUUAAAUUUUACUUGACAACAAGGAUUCCUGCCGAAGUCUGAACCUUAAUGUGUAACCCUCAGUUUCCACUAUUAAAAGAGUACCUUUUGAUGUCUGCUUGGAAAA